GCUGCUGCCGUGGCCAGAGCGCCGCUGGGGAGGAAACGGAGCCAGCGGGAGGCGCAGGUAUGAGCUUAGUGGCUGCGUAAUCACCCCCACCCUGCCCCUCGCCGUCGGUCGGGGGUCCACGAGGCCUGUGGUGACUCUCGGCGCUCAGCACUGGGGGAACGGCGACACCGGGUCCAUGGCCACAGCGGCUCCGUCUUCCUUGGCCCUCAAAGCCUCCAGCACGGCCGGGGUCCCCAGCUCCUAUGGAGUCUUCUGCAAGGGGCUCUCCCGCACCCUGCUCGCCUUCUUCGAGCUGGCCUGGCAGCUGCGCAUGAACUUCCCGUACUUCUACGUCGCAGGCUCGGUGAUCCUCAACAUCCGCUUGCAGGUACACAUUUAGUGCCGUGAUUAGGCUGCAAGCAUCCCGGCCAGGAUAUGGCCGACUCCCAGGAGGCUUGGCGGCGAAACGGUUCUGCGAGCGCGGAGCUCUGGAAUCUCGCGAGAGGACUUGAGCGCUGUUCGCGGCUGCGCUCUCCGUUCCUAGCCGAGCUGCCCCUGCUGUGGCAGAAAGCGGGUACUGGCUAGAGAGAGAGGAAGUAUGCGAUUUCCCGGGGACAGCGAAGAACUUUAGUUAAGGUCUACGACAAUAUUUAAGAAGCUUUGCAUCCUUAAAAACAAAACGAACGUGAUGCAUUAUAAAAAAGAAAGGCUACUAAAGUUUCCAGAGAAAUUAUAAUGUACAGCAAGUUCGUGGUCCAAAUUAAAAUAAGAAAACAAAUUUCGGGGAUAAUGGAUUGAAAGCAAGACAUUGAAUGAAUAAGAAGCUGAAGAUCGUAAACGUGGAGGGCCAAUAUAUUUCUUCAACAAUAGAAAACAAUGACAAUCAGAUUUUCAGUGGAAAAGCACAACUGUACAAGAAAAGCAUCCUUCUAAUACCAAACAACGUGAAAUGCUGCUGGAUUUUGAACAGAGGGUUGGUGUGUAAGAAAGUGGACUCUCUUUCAGUGUCCCUGUGAGUAGCAUGUAGUACAAGACCUUGGAGCCAACGAGAAGGAAAUCCAGUCACAGCACUAAGCUUGGCUACUUCGUGAAUAAUAUUUAAAUAAUCAUAAUAAUUAAUGUAAAUGAUGUUUAUGGUUUUCAUCUUUUGAGAUAAUAAUUGUGGUUACAAAGUAGAAUGGAAAUGUUAUCAGCUUUGAUAAUGGAAAAGUACGGGGAUGUUGAAGGCGGGGAGGGAAGAGUAAAUGGAAUGAUAAUGGUGUCCUUAUAAAGUGGGAAGUUGAGAGAUAUACAGUCUGUUGUCAAUGGGGAAAAAGGCAUUUUGUUGUUUAAAAAGUUAAAGACGAGUAUGCCAUUAAGUUACUAAAAUCGUAAUCAUAUUAAAGAGGGAGGAGAGUAGGGGAGAACAAUAUGAAUUCAGUAAGAAAUGCCUAGAGAUAUAUAGGUGGAAUGUCCCACAAAGAAAAACAAAGUAUUGGGUGUGUUUGAAUAUAAAGAUGGGAUUGAUAGUUUUUCAGAGUCUGGGGAUGAAUUGGUCUGCAACUUCUUUAAAAAUUAAGGAAACAAAUCCAUUAUGAAACAGGAAAAUUCAGACUUUUUCAAGAACCACAUUGCAUACUUCAAUUGUGAAUAAUACUAGCCAUAUAAAGUCAGUCAUAAUUAUGUAAACACUGAAUACUAAUACAAGAAGAAAUGAUUGUGUAACAUCGGGGAAUUGAAGAGGAGAGAAGUGUGUGUAAUGGGGAAGAAUCAGACGAUCUAAUAUAGAGAGGUCAAUAAAGUAUAAACACAUUAAAAAAAACUAUAAUAAACAGAAGUGGUUGUCUCUGGAGAAAAAAGUCAGAGAUGCGUAGAAAAAGGUGGAGGAUUGCUGUGUUUCACUACCUAACAGUAUUAUUUUGGUUUUAUUGUAUAUAUGUAUUUCUCCGAUUAAAACUUAAUUUAGAUAAGUUCGUUUUUAAAAGCUCCCCCAGGCAGUUGAAAUAUACAGCACAGGUUAAGAGCCACCAUAAUAAAAUGGGAUUGAGUUUUUAAAUCAGCCAGAUCACUGUUAAAAUACAAACUCUUUGUGGUUUUAGGUGAGUCCGUUAACCUGCCUAGAACCCAGUUUGCUCAACUAUUAAAAGAAGAUAAAAUACCUACUUUGAAAAGUCAGUCUGAGAAUUAAAAAUAAGCAUGCCUUAGUGCUUGAUAUAUACACAGUAAAUAGUAUUUGUUCUAACAGAUCUCAUUAACAUGUGAGUAAAACUUAAAAUUCAUAGAAUGCCCGUUUUUUCCAGUGGAGCUUUUCAGUCCUAAAGGUGAUUUGUAAGGUACUGACCCUAGGGGCCAGGGACAGAGCCUCCAGAAGGAUUUUGAGAGAGAAAAGGCGCCUUUAUUUGCAGAGGUAAAGAUUUGUAAACUGCAGUUUUGUAUUCCACUGACUGUGUCCAACCAACAAGUAUACUCUUAAACUAAGUACCCCCUCUAGCACCAAGUCUGGCUUUGGGUAAUUGUGUAUCCUACCCUUUACUUCUUGUUUCCAGGCAAACUCCUAGAGUUUGUUUUUGUUUUUUUUUAGCACAUCCUCUUUCUACUUUCUUCUGCCUUCUGUACUCUUUUCUUUUCUUUUUUUUCCUUUUUGCCUGUUGUUACUCUACCUGUGUUUUAAAGCUAAACUUAGAUGUCACUUUUUUUUAAUCAUUUUUUUCUCAGAUUCCCCUGAUCGUAUUAGAGUUAAUUUCUUUUACUCCAUCUAAGGGCUGUGUUAAUAUCAACCUAGGCCAUUUUGAUAGGCUGCCUUAUUUUUUCCUAAUUGUGCAUUAGUUUUCAAAUGUGGGGUUUUGUUUUUGUUUUUAAAAUAUCCAAAAGACAGUUUUCUGUAAUCUCUUCCCUUGGUUCUUAAAUAUUGCUGUGAGAGUGCAGGAACUAAAACACUUUAAUCUAAAAUAUCAACAAUGUAAUUUGAUCAGUGAAAUAAUUCCAUGAUGCCAGGGGACUUACAAAUGGUGAGCAUCACUAUUCCCUGGAAGUACUAAUGUCCCUUUGUAACAAAAGAAUGUGGCUGCCAUUAGUGUGGAAUGGGGAGGGACUGGGAUGCUCUAUUCAGGUGACUACAUGAACAUGUGCCUUCAACCUUUUUUCUUAAGCUUAGCCUUUCGUUACACUAAAGAAACCAAGGCACUUUAGCAGUUACUGUAUAUCACAUCCUCCUGCUAUAUCCUGUGAGGGAAGAUACUGUAUCCUAUCCAGUUUUACAACCCAUGUAAUAUCAGCAAGCAUGAAGUAGCAACUGAAUGAAGGCUCCAUGAUUACCCUUUAUUCUUCAAAUUGCUCUUACACCCAGCCUCUCAUUUUCUUCCCACGUUUAUAACUCAGUGAAGUCUCUCAAGGGAGAAAACAAGAUUUUGCCCUGACUAAACCACUAUUCUUAUUUGCAAGUAGUUGUAUUCCUCUUACCAUCCUUCCAGGCAACAUCGAUGAAGCCGAAGACCUUUGUUCAUUGCUGUAUCCCUUGCCUUAGAGCAUUGCCUAAUGCAACGUAGAUAAUAAACAUAGUUGGAUAAAUGCCAAA